AUGGGAUCGGUUGAUGAUGUAUGCAAAUUUCUGAAUCGAUUGUUUGUGUCGUUGCCACCGCAUGCCACGGCCCUCCUCUACCGUGAACAAUUGGACAUGCUGCGGUCGUGGAUGCAUGUUUCGCAUCCUGAGAUGCCCCUGGACGCGCUCGUGCCGUUACUUCGUGAUGAACGUCGACUAUCCCGACAAUCUUAUGAAGCACGU